AUGAGUUGUGUAAUUGCCGUACUUUUGACCUCAGUAGCACGCUUGGUUAUUACCAGCUCUGAACCCUCGAAUUCUUAUUAUGGAGUAUAUGUAACUCCCAAGACCAAUGAGUUUCCGGUACCCCGGAAUCACCAUCGAAUACACAUGUCCGCCAGCAAAAUAGCCGGUCCAGGUACUUACGUCGUGGCAUAUUGUUCUAUCGAACACCAACGGAACAGAAUCAUAGAGAUCAUUACAGGAGGACGCCCUGAAAUAACGCAGAAUCCCGGAGAAGUUGCCUUUCGCUCCCUUGAAGCAGAAAGCGCGUGCUUCAGGUCUAUCAGCAGAGGAUUUACUCUUGAAUCGACCGCCGUUCAUCUAUCGACGCUCAAUAAUGGCAAAUGUACGCACAAGCUCGUGGCAAGUCUAGCCUUCAAAGGGAUCAUUGGAAUUGAGGGAGAGUUUUCGUGUUUUGCUCCGCUGCAGAGGGAUCAGCCUAUCAAGGUCAAUGCCGACAUUCCAUUUGACCUGCAACAGUUCCUUUCCGGUGGUGUACUGCUAAGAGGAGAGGAUAACGCAUCGGAUAAACAAGCAUUAGUGUGGUUUCAGGGCAAUCUACAUUUAUUAAAGCAAACUUUGACCGACAUCAAUGGCUAUCACUCAUGGAGUCCAAUUACCUCAAUAGGAAGCGAGAUUUAUAAUGGCGAAAUGAUAACAAACUUUAUCUACGAUAACCUGCCUAGUAUUGAAGAGUUCACAAAAAUCAUGGGCGAUUUUAAGAAUCUCAUAUCAAAUUUAGAAUUUUAUCACUAUCCUCAUUUAUUAAUCGAUGCCAAAAAUAAUGUAGACAGUUUCAUUCACGCAAAUUUUGAAGAUUAUUUGGAAGAUUUUUGCCUAUUGAAAUUUGGAUUGAAUGAAGAAAUGUGUGCACGGAUAGCGAACUUGCCUGAUUAUCUCAAUAAUGAAUUAGCUCAUAAAGGUCUACUUUGUCAACCCAAAUCCAGGAAUUUAACUCCGUCAACUCGAGGGACAGAGUGCAUAUUUAGACCUGCUAUACUUGAGGAAGUCAAUUUCGUCUCUGGCCAAUGGCAAACAGCUAAAAGUGCCAAAAAGGUGCUUGUCGUACCACCUCAGUCUAAUUUGAGAGAUAAUGCGGAAAGAUUCAAGGAACUUUAUGGAAGAGGCACUAUGUGUAAGACUGCGGCAUGA